CUGAAAAAGCGCCCCGCGUCACGCAGCAGGAGAUGCGACGAGGCACAGCGCUGGUGCGAGCUGAGACCAUAAAGAUCUGCUGAGGACGGGACAAACAGGACUCGUGUCUUGUUUACCUUCUUUUGCCACACACAAAGCAGUCUCUGCCGCUUGAUUCUCUUCUCAAUUCCAGGCGAGCUUAGGGGGUAUAGUACCCGGUGUCUGCCUAGAAAGCGUGGCCUGCCUGCUUUAAGCUUCUACAACUGCCAUUGUUCAGACUGUCAUCAUCUCCAUCGCUUUACUUGAACAGCAAUACACUGCGAGAUACUCUCCAAGACGAUAAAGAUAAAGCACUUUGAAUCCCCUGGGGAUAGCAGCCAAAAGAAAAAAAAGUAUUUCAUUGCAGGGUACACGCACCUCGCAUUCGGCUCCAGGCCGCCAUCGCCAAGAUGAAUCCCAACACCAGCAACAACAACAGCGACAGCAAUAGCCAUCUCAACGUCCAGGGAGACGAGGUUCCGCCGCCCCCAUAUUCCGAAACAGACGUCUACAGCAAUUCAAAUGGCUCCCGCUCUCCUCGCCCGGCAGUAGCCGCAGCAACUCCGUCUCACAGCUUCGUUGACGAUGCUGCUUCGUCGACUGCCGACGAUGUCAUCUACACGCCACCUCUUAGCCCCCAAAACACCUCAGAUGCUGGACAGUCCGCGGCCUCUCUAUACUUUGACCGGAGGCCAGUGCCUCAGCAAAACGCAACGCCCCGCGAACCUCUCCUUCAUACCAUUGAGGUAAAUGAUGCUUCGCAGCCUGACGAUUUCCCCUUCCAGAAUGACUGGGCUGCCCGAGAUAUCUCUGCCCUGGACUGGUCUACUUUUAUCAACUUCCUGCUUCCCGAUCACAGCACAAGACAGAAUGAGGCUAUUCUCCAUAGAAAGCUGCGGGAUGAGAUACAGUCAAACUCGGGCAAAACUAACGAUACCACAUCGCAGGUCGAAGCCCAGCUCGGCCGGAAUGCUGAUGCAGGAACUACAACUAGUCCUAAUUCUAUCCAGCGAAGGAGAGAUGUCGAAGCCACCGUCCAGCAGUGGAACGAUGGCUUCUUCGGCCCCCGUGGCGUCCAAGUCCGCCUUCAACCCCUGAGAACUCCAUCCGCGCAGAUGCCCGGUGCCUGGGAAACCGGCUUUGACCAGAGACCUGAGGCUGCUCGAUCUACCCAGUCUCCGCAGACGGCAGGCCGCUCAGAGCCUGCCAGCUGGAGUCCCUGGUCUGCGUUUCAAGUGGAUAACAACGGUAUUCGAUUUGGCAAUACCUUUGUCGCAGACACAAACGGCCUGCGUAUUGGAAGUCUAGUCAUGGAUAACAAUGGUAUUCGAUUCGGAAAUGGUGAAGGGCCAAGCCAACAGCAGCGGCAGCAGGGUACACCCACUGCCGAUGCUGACCAAGAUGUUCGUGGUCGUGCUGCGUAUCAAGGAAGCUAUCCAGACGAGAAAAAGGAUCACAAACGCUCGUCUUCCUGCUCGUCGAUCUCAUCUUUGUCUUCCAUGAGUUCUGUGUCCUCUAUUGGUUCUCUCCCAAGCUAUGACAGCGUUCCCCAGAGGUCGGUGCAGCUUUACAUAGCACGACUCCAGGAUUGGACUAAUCAUCCUGAUCAAUAUCGCACGAAGCAAGACGUCAAGCAGCUGAAAGCUGAACUCAAGAGCGUCCCCAAAAUCGAUAAUCCCGUUUCCGAGGAGGAUAAGAAGGCUCUGAAAGCACAAAUCAAAGCAUUGACGAGUGCGUGGAAACAGAUCAAGAGAAACCAAAGAAAGGAACGCAGGGCUCUCAAAAGGGAGCGCCGUGCCCAGAGGAGAGCAGAGUGGAAGGAAAAGAGACAGCAUAAAAGGGAGAUGAAGAAAGCACAGAGAGAGGCGAAAAGAGAGGCUCGAGAGGCUCGAAGAGAAGCUCCCGCCCCUCCGCCUCCUCCGCCUCCGGCUGUUCCACCAAUGCCACCAAUGCCACCGCAUCCUCCCGCACACGCCGUGCCUCCUGUGCCUCCUGUGCCACCAAUGCCUCCAGGAAAUCCUCCACCGUUUACCGGUAGCUUUCCCUGGGGCCCUCGCAGCCCGGGGAGGGGGGGAAGAGGGGGAAGGGGCGGUCGAGGCGGCCGAGGUGGCCGAGGUAGUCAUGCUGAUCCCCAAUAUAAUCAUUAUGGUCCCUUUGGCCAAGACUGGACUGGCGAGAAUGGUAUGUUUGGAUCACGCGGUCCGUUUGGCUCUGGCGGUCCAUUUGGUCCUGGUGGUCCGUUUGGCGCUGGGGGCCCGUUUGGCGAGAAGGGCAUCUUUGGAAACGGCGGCAGCGAUGGCUGUGGUUCGAACAGUUUCUUUAGAAGUACUGCAGAACAGCGACAACAAGCACAAGAUCAGCGUGAUCAGCUACAGCAACGGUUACAGCAACAGCGUGAACAGAGACAGCAACAGCUAGAGCAAAUGCGUCAGCAGCAGGCGCAAGCACGUCAACAACAUGCACAGCAGAUGCAGCAGCAUGGACAGCAGAUGGAACAAAUCCGACAGCAAGCUAUCAACAGCGGCAUGGCAUAUGCCUCUCGCUCCAUGCCGGGCUACUGGCCCGACGAGAAACAAGAACAUUCAAUUCCCGUAUCAUCACAAGAUGACCAGCAGAUCCCUCCCUCUGGCGCCGCGGCAGCAAAGUACCGCUCCAUCAUGGGCAUCGAGACUGCGAUUGAGCAUCAGCUCGCUGCGGCGGAGAAGGCCGAGCCCGGUCCUCAAAAGGAGGCACUGGAAUGGGCCAUUGCUGAGAUGUUGAACCAGUUGGAAGUUAUGAGGAUGGAGGCUGAUGAGGAGUAUGCAAAGGAGCUGAGCGGGCAAUGAUGAAUUGUAUGAUAUUGCAAGUUGAUUCUGAGGCUUUGGGCUUAUGGGAUUUCAAACUUUGAGAGAUUGGACCACUCACCUUUUCUCUUUUUCUUUUUCUUUUUCUUCCUUUUUUUUUCUUCUAUGGAUGUAUAAAAAGAGCAAAAACAUUUACGAUAGCGUUAAAGAUACCAAAGGUCAUGAUAUAUAAACAAGGCAGUCAUUACGAAAAGGGGAA